AUGGACCUCUCUCUGUCUCUGUCUCUUCUCUCUUUCCUGCUGCAUCUGUUCUGCGUACGUGGGGACCCGGACCCGGCCGUGGACGUGGAUGUGGAGGUGGACCGCUACUCGAUGCCCACGCGUUGCCCCAGAGAAGUCCAAGGGGAGGACUUUGUGCGGUACCACUUCAACGGGACCCUGAGAGCGGACGGGAGCAAGUUUGACUCCAGUCAUGACCGAGGCGCCGCCGUCGUGUCCCAGGUCGGAUCGGGGCGACUGCUGACCGGGAUCGACCGCGGGCUCCACGGAAUGUGUGUCAACGAGCACCGCAAGAUCUACGUCCCGCCACAUCUGGCCUUCGGGACCGUCGGAGCAGGCGGUGUCAUUCCUCCCAACGCCACUCUGGUUUAUGACGUGCUGCUUCUGGACGUAUGGAACGCAGACGAUAAAGUCCAAAUCCGCACUUUGCACAAACCCGAGAGCUGCGUUCGAGCCGCGGCCGCUUCAGACUUUGUGCGCUACCAUUACAACGGGACGCUGCUGACGGGACAGGUCUUCGAUUCAAGUUACUCUAGGAAUGCGACCUAUGACACGUACCUGGGACAGGGCGACCUCAUCCCUGGUGUGGAGGAGGGUCUGCUGGGCAUGUGUGUGGGGGAGUGGAGGGUCCUCAUCGUGCCCCCCUUUCUGGGAUAUGGAGUGAAUGGUUCAGGACUGGUGCCGCCUCAGGCCACGCUGCUGUACGAGGUGCUCAUGAUCGACGUGUUCAACUCCAAAGACAACGUCACCGCCACCGUGAAGGAGGCGCCAGAGUCCUGCAGCAGAAGGUCCAAAACCGGAGACUUCAUCCGCUACCACUACAACGGCACAUUUCAGGACGGGACCCCCUUUGACUCCAGUUAUAAGAGAAAUAGCACUUACAACACGUACAUUGGGAUGGGAUACGUGAUCAAAGGCAUGGACCAGGCCCUGCAGGGUCUGUGCAUCGGGGAGAAAAGGCGAGUCGUCAUCCCUCCACAUUUGGCCUAUGGAGAGAGAGGAGUGGAAAACCUCAUUCCCAGUUGGGCCGUGCUGGUUUUUGACAUCCACGUGAUUGACUUCCACCACCCCAAAGACCCGGUGCAGAUCCGGAGCGCGCUGAAGCCUCCGCGCUGUGGAGAGACCAGCGAGGCCAACGACUGGGUCCAGUACAACUACAACUGCUCCCUGAUGGACGGGACGCUGCUGUACUCCUCAGACCAGUUUGAUUCUCCUUCGGUGGCGACUUUGGGGGUGAAUGCGGUGAUCGCGGGGCUGGAGACUGGUCUGAGGGGGAUGUGUGUGGGAGAGAAGAGAGAAGUGCUCGUCCCGCCACACUGGGCCCACGGGGAAGACGGAGCGGCGGGAGUCCCGGCCAGUGCUGUGCUGCUGUUUGAGCUGGAGCUGGUGGAUCUGCAGAAGGGAGUUCCAGACGGCUUCAUGUUCGUGUGGCUCCAGGACGAUGGACCGGAGCCUCUUUUCCCGGCCAUGGACCUCAACGGGGACAAACAAGUGCCUUUAGAGGAGUUUUCAGAGUUCAUCAAGCUCCAAGUUCGCGAGGGCAAAGGCCGACUACGACCAGGAGUGGAUCAAGAAAGUAUCAUUAAAGACAUGUUUUAUAACCAGGACAGCAAUGGAGACGGAAGAAUCAUAGAAGACGAAGUCCAACUCAAAGACGAUACGGUGCCACAGAGGGACGAGUUUUAA